AUGGCCUUUACAGGAGUGGGCGGCUUGUCAUUUGGGGUUGAGAUAGAGCUCAACUUCUGGUUCAAGAACGGCACGAGUCCGUCUCAUUACCACCAAGAUGGCGCCAUUCUCAGUCCCGAGGAGGACAGCAUGCUUCCCCCGGCACUCACCCACCUCCGUGAUGAGACUGUGUGGAAGGCCACAUGGGCAGGGAGCUUGCUCAAAGACGCAAUAUUGAGCGUCGAGGGUGCGAAAAUGAAAGAUGAGCCCAUGCUAUCCGGCAAGCCAGACACGCUCAAUUGGAUCCGUGUCGUGGAUGUGGACGGAUGGACGAUCAAGCAAGACGGCUCGGUAGUAGACGACUCCCGCAUCCUGGAGGGCUAUGACUAUGCGCCUUUUGAAAUUACCAGUCCCGCCUUGUGGGAUGUGCCCGACAGUCUCAACCAUGUAAUGGAGGUUCUCCAAGCACUGACUUCGAGGUUUCGGUUGCGGGUAAAUCCAGAUACUGGCUUCCAUUGCCACGUUGGUGCAGGUAUAAAGGGACUCGGAGAAGGGGGUAAGAAGAAGCAUUCCCUCCACGUUCUCAAGAGAGCUGCUGCGCUGACCUGGGCUGCUGAUGGCUUCCUCUGCCACGCUCAUCCGCCCGAGCGUGGUAUAAAUAUCUGGGCAGGGCCAAUCCGCCAAUGCUCGAGCCUUGCGCAUGGGGUUAAGGCCCCAAGUAACAGGUGGUAUCCAUGGCCCCUAAACCAGCCGCUGUCUGAGGACUCGGCUAUGUCCAUCCAUGACAUGGAGUUGCUCAUGCAGAAAAGUGACGACGCUGGUCGUCGUAACUUCAUUCGCCUGCACAAGGAACUUUUCCCAGCGCUGAGACCACACCAGCCCGACGAAGAGGCACAAAAGCGUUGUGAUCCUGGUCGCCGGAAAUACGAUGACGACCCCGAACCUGCAAAUGCCAUUAAAACGGUUAGCCAAGGCGUAUCAUACAUAAUGAAUUGCACAACCCGCAAGCAAGUGGGCGGGCUCCUUAGCCCAGCUCCUGGGCAGAUUUCGACCCGGCUGAACUAUAAUUUCAAUAAGUACCGUUCUGGCAGGGACGCUAGGGAUACCUUCACCGUCGAGUUCCGUGAGGCAGCGGGUAGCGUAGACGGCAUUUGGAUUGCGUACUGGGCUAACAUCUGCCUGGGCAUUUUUCGCUUCGCGCGGGCGGCCUCAGACAAACGCUUCUGGGCCGUCACAUCCAACCUGUCAAAGGCCGAAGCAGCUGCCAUGGCAAACGAGCCGCAUAGUUACGACAUGAUCUCGUUCCUGAACGACUUGGGCCUAUUUGCUGAAGCGCUGUACCUUGAGCGCAGUUUGCGGCGGGAUCAACUGGGCUUCUGUCCGAUUUGCGCCGGACCCAGAGCCAAAGAACCGCUCUUCGACGGAGUCCCGGCGUAG